ACGGACUUCACUUUUCCCAACCAUGGCCGACGCUGGAAAAAUGUGGGGAAUGUCUUUUUGUUUUUCUUCUCUUUCUGAACUACUUAUUCUUCGAAACAACUGCUUCAUCUUUAAUCCCUUACUGCAGUACCUGACGCUGAUGAAAGCUAAUAUCUUGUUACUAAUACUCUGGGACCUUAUGGGAGAGUUUAGUUCUGCGGACCUACACAUCACUCCAUUGCAGACAGUACCACAGAUCUUCAUCUCGCUACUCAAUGCGAAGGGCUGAAAAGAGGUAGGAUCGUGGCCUUCGCAGGCCCUAACAAAGAUGGUUUGUGCUGCCGGUGUCUUCAGGCUUCCGGCUACAAAAUUUCCUCAAGGACACCUGCGACUCUCUUAUCUCUAUUUCUCCUCAUUGAGUGAUGGAUGCAGUAUAACAGCUCGCUCAGAAUGUUAUGAUAGAUGAAUAAGAGUUUGU